CAACGCAACCAUGCCUCGCAAGUCCGCCCCCAAGCGCCCACCACCCAAGUUCACGGAGGACGACAAUAUUCUGGAUCCCGACUCGGAGGAGGAUGAGUUCGCGGACUACGUCGCGUCCACACGGCGGCCAGGGCAGGGCUCUGAAGAUGAAGCAUCCGAUGAGGACGACGACGAAGGAGAUUCUGACGAGGACGAGGGGGAUUUCGAGGGCGACGGCGAGUUUGACUCAGAAGACGAGGGCGAUGGUGUGGGAAUGUACGAGGCAGACGAGUGGGAUGCGGGAGCCUCGGACUCAGAGUCCGAGUCGGAAGGCGAGGAUGCAGCCAAGCUCCGCAAGCUCAAGAAGGGCCUCGACGACAUUCCGCUCGAGACGCUGAUGCGUGUGCAGGCGCGCAUGGGGGUGACGGCCGCGCAGCCCGCGAGCCGGGAGGAGAAGCUCGCGGCGGCCAAGGCCAAGCUGGCGGAGAUGCAGCGCGCGAAGGGCAAAGCUCUUACAGUGGAGGACGAGCCGCGGCGCCAGAAGCGCUUCGAGAGCGAAAGCGAGAGCGAAGAAGAGAAUUUGUCGCGGAGCAACAAGCAUGCCCCCGUCGCCAUGUCGUCGAAAAAGCAGGUGUCGCGGCGGCGUGCCGUGAUCGAUGUGCCGCGCUCGGAGCGGCGCGACCCCCGCUUCUCCGCUCUCUCGGCGGAGAAGGCCAACCCAGACGUGCACGCGAAGCGGUACGCGUUCGUGCCCGAGCUCCUCGAGGCCGAGAUGAAGGAUCUACAGGCGCAGCUCGCGGCGGCGAAGAAGGCCGAGAAGGCGUGCAAGCUUGUCGAGAAGCCGCGGUUCACGGCCGCGAGGGAGGACGUGGAGCGCGAGCUGGCGCGUGUGCGCACGCGCCUCGAUCGCGCGCGGACGGAGCAGCGCGAGCGCGAGGUACUUGCCCGCGUGCGCGGCGAGGAGAAUGCGCGCCGCAAGGACGGCAAGGGCGCGUGGUACCUCAAGAAGAGCGAGAAGCGGGAUCUGCUCCUCCAGGCCCGGUUUGAGGCGCUCGAGAAGGAGGGCGGGAAGCGCGCUGUCAAGAAGGUCGUGGAGAAGAAGAGGAAGAAGGUUGCUGGCAAGGAGAAGAAGAGCAGGCCGUUCAAGGCCGGCGGGUUCGGCGAGGCCGGUGGCAAGAGGAGGCGUGUGGGAUAGAGAGGGACAUGCAUGUAUUUUUGC